AUGCUGCUGAUCACUGAAGCCUUUCUUCUCAUUUUAGUUGUCCUAGGACAGGUUCACAGAGCUGCUGCUAAAGGAGAGAUAUUUCCAUUGGAUAUGGCAGAGGAUUCAGUUGAUGACCAAUAUGAUGGUUGUACUGAGAAAAUGACACAACUAGUGGAGACAAAAUAUCUAGAGAAUGAAAAAUCUGCCUCACCUGAGUUUAAAUCUAAGUGGGAAAAUGGUGAGGAAAACGCAAUGAAACCAGAGGAUAAUUUGGAAAAGAAACAUUCAGUCGCCAUUUAUGUGUACACUGGUAAAAAAAUAUAUCGUGAUUUCAAUGAAGCUGUUCGUAGUGAUAAAGGAAAAUACAAAACUAUGGCAUUUAAAUGGUAUUCACUUCACUUCCUGUUAACAGAAGCGAUACAGAUCCUGAAGAAAACACAACCUAAAUGCUAUUCAACUUAUCGUGGUGUAAAUAUUAUGCUGAAUAAGGAUGUUCUGAACAAAAAGGUUCGUUUAGGCUCAUUUACAUCCUCAUCUCAUGAUCGUUCAGUAGCACAGCGUUUCGGAAAUGUAUCUUGUUUUGAAAUACACACUUGUGAAGGUGCUGAGCUUAUAAAAUAUUCUCAGUUUCCUAAAGUGAAAGAGGUGCUGAUUCCUCCAUAUGAGACGUUUAUUGUCACUGAGGUUAAGACAAAGAGCAAUCAGACAGAUCUCUGGUGUGAGACUGUGUUCACCCUGAAUAACACUGGUAAGAUAAGUUACCUAAACUGUGGCUGUGGCAUUAAGGCCAUCAAGGCCCCAGUGGAGGAUAUACUGGAUGUGAGGGCUUUCUAUGUGGAAGUCAUUGGGAAGAUGCUGAAGGUCUUUCCCUUAGAUUCACAGCUGCUCUGUGACCUGAAGGUGUUAGACCCAGCCUCUCGCCUUGAAAUCUCUCCUGAAACAGGUUGA